AUGGAGAGGAAGGAACAAACCUUGACCUUCUACAGUCCUGAGGUCACCAAAAUAAAAGGGGACCGGAAAUACCAAAGGCCUACCCUUCCCACCAACAAGCACUCGAUGCCAGCCCAGAAGCGGCAGCAGUAUGUGGAUCAGGCAUACACCUACACCCGGAUGUUCGGUGGCAGCCUCUCUGGCUUUAGCCUCCUGGUGCUGAUCUGCACAUCCCCACUGAGCUGGGUGCAGUUCCUGGUGACCAACAAUGGCCUUGAGCUCAACGCAGGACUCUGGACCUUGUGCAAGCAUGAGCUGUGCUGGAGCCACGCACCCAAGCCACCCUAUUACCUCCAGUAUUCCAGGGCCUUGUUCAUCAUCUCCAUCCUCUGCAUGCUCACUGGCCUUGCCUUGCUCCUCAACUCUUGCCGCCCUGCUGAAGGAAUCGUGUCCUCUAAGUUGGAUCUGAGGGUGUCCAUCCUCAACUUCUGCUCAGCUGUCUGCUUGCUCCUCUGCCUCAACCUGUUUCUGGCCCAGGUGGAAUGGUACACAAAGAGCACCAUGGAUUCAGAGUUCCUGUGGGCCUAUUACCUUAAUUGGUGCAGUGACAUCUUGUGUAUCUGUGCUGGAAUCAUCUCUUUCCUCAACUACAUAACUUUCCAAUCUCAUCCUCCUGAUGAAAGUGUCAGUAUGAUCCCACCGCAGAAGUCCAGGCUGAGCUUCGGUCCAGGGCCAACAACACCGCCCGCUACAGCUGGAAAGUCAAGUUCUGAGGUGGAACUUGUGCACCCCGUGCAUACAGUGCCUGGAGAAGCUAGAAGAGAGAGUUGAAUCCCCUGGAACUGGAGUUUUAGACUCUUGAGAACUUCUGCGGAUGCUAGAAACUGAAUUGGGG